AUGGAAGGCCAAUGUUUAGGUGCUAAAUUACCUGAUACUGCUAAUGUUGCUAUUCAAAUUGAAGAUAUACAAGCUCAUGAACAACAUGCAACUAAACAGAAUGGUUUAAAGGAGAAAAAUAUUGACGAUGAUAUUCAAAUGAGUGAAUUUACUUUACAAAAGAACGUUCCUUUGAAACGUGCUGACCUAGAUUUACUUGCUACAGUUGGACCACGAACAGUACAUGUUUAUGAUAAACUACGUGUAGUCGUUCUUUCAACUGAUAGUAAGGAAAUUCAUGAUAGUAAUGAAAUCAUGCUUAUGAGAGUAUUAAAAUAUACAACAUACUAUUUACUUUCAUUGUGGCAUUAUAUGCAACAAGUAACUUUGAUUCGUAUUCCGCAUCUUUCCAAACAGCUAUUUCAAGAAUUUAUUCUAGUGAAACGUCCGCUAUUCAAACAUUGCAAUCUUAUUAUCCAAUAA